CAGCCUCCUUGUCUAUGUUGUAGCACCUGUUGAGUCGCCAGGUGGCAGUCUGCCUUCACUGGAACUUUAGGAAAGUGAGAUGGAAAGGAGAGGGGGGAAGGAAAGAGAAGGAGAGGGAGUCAAGUACUUUCAUCAGCUCUAAACUCUUUUCCAUUUGUUGCAGCUAGGAGCAAACUUUAAACAGACACCCACAUUAAGCUCUCAGACUCCCAGCUAAGGAAAUUGUUUCCUUUUCACUCCUGAGCUUUUGAGAGGCACAAGAAUCCCACCAGCUAAGCAAGCGAACCCCUGAGUGACCUGCAGCCCUAUUAAGCACUGGAGGAUCACCCUGCUGACUAGAACCUGCAGCCAGGAGGAGAACUCCCUGGCUCCAUUACUUCCAUGCUGUUGGGUCACUGCUCUGAUCUGGAAAACAGUGUGAGGAAGUUUGGUGCAAAGCCAAAAAAGUAAGGUAAAUAAUCAGCACAGCCGUGGAACACAGACUUUGAUACUGCCUAAAAAAGGAACUGCCGCUGGAUUUAAACCUGCAGCACAUCAUCGGGGAUUAAACCCAGUUAUUCAUUUCUGAUUACCAAACUGGAGACAGAAAAGAAAAACAGAAUCGGAAAAGUGUUGUCUUUACAUGGGAUUAUGAGGGAUCUACCCAGUGAUUAUCUGCCACCAAUGUUACCAAGACAGGCUGAGUGCUUUCUCCUGAAGGGUGCAGUUAUCAUGCUCUGCUGAGACUGACUGUGAACUUGCAAAUCUCAAGUGCAUUUAGUGUUGUGCUCACCUCCUAUUCAUCCAAAUGAUCCUCUUAUUGUUACUUCUCAAAGUCCUAACGUGUACCCUGGACUUUCAGCUACAUGGAGUACAAGCUCAAUCCAAUCUAGGCAGCAAGUUUCAGUUUGGAAGUGCUAAAGAGCAGAAUGGAGUGCAAGAACACCAGCAUGAGAAGAUUGUUUCAGUUUCAUUUAAUGGAUCAAUUCACAGCCCAAAGUUUCCCCACUCUUACCCGCGGAGUACUGUCCUGGUAUGGAGAUUGGUAGCAGUGGAGGAAAAUGUACGGAUACAACUAAUUUUUGAUGAAAAAUUUGGGCUUGAAGACCCAGAAGGUGACAUAUGCAAGUUCGAUUUUGUAGAGAUUGAAGACCCUAGUGAUGGCAUUAUCCUUGGACGCUGGUGUGGCUCUAAUGCAGCACCGAGCAAACAGAUAUCAAAAGGAAAUCAGAUUAGGGUCCGAUUUGUAUCUGAUGAAUAUUUUCCUUCGGAACCAGGAUUCUGCAUCCAUUAUUCUCUUCUCACUGCGCAAAAAGCAGAACCAGUCAGCCCCUCAGUGCUCCCUCCAUCAGCACUGCCAUUAGAUUUACUUAGUGAGACUGUUUCUCGGUUUGGGACUGUGGAAGAAGUAAUCAGAUACCUUGAGCCAGAUAGGUGGCAGUUGGACAUAGAAGAACUGUACAGACCGUCAUGGCAAUCACUUGGGAAAUCCUAUAUCCACGGCAGAAAAUCUAGAGGUGUUGAUCUGAGUUUGCUAAGAGAAGAAGUGAGAUUGUACAGCUGCACACCACGUAACUUCUCGGUGUCUUUACGUGAAGAGUUGAAAAGGACUGAUGCAAUAUUUUGGCCCAGUUGUCUCCUAGUGAAGCGAUGUGGAGGAAACUGUGCCUGCUGUAGCUACAACUGCAAUGAAUGCCAAUGUACUCCAACUAAGGUCUCCAAGAAAUACCAUGAGGUUCUACAACUCAAGCAAAGGAUUGGUUCAAAAACUCUUCAAAAAUCUUUGACAGAUGUGGGCUUGGAGCAUCAUGAAGAAUGUGCCUGUCUGUGCAAGGGUAACACCGAAGGAUAACGGGAUGGUUACAUGAAAGAAUAUUUAAAGCACAUACAAUAUAUUGCUGUUUCUCUCGGGGAAUAGCUUAUUAUUACACUGUAAACAUGGAAGUCCAUUAAUGGCUGCCAGUCUUGCAGAUGUACAGCUACAGUACAGUAUGUGAUGUCAUGAUGAUGAGAGAUGUUGGAAAAACCUUCCUGUAAUAUUUGGUUGGUUCAAGGUCCAGACACCACAUCAUCAAAAGGGUAUUAGUCAGUGUGCCCUGAUUACCCUUUAAUGUUACUGUGGACAGAUGAAGCCCUACAUUAGGACAGGACAGUCAUCAUUUUAUAUAGAAAUGUCUACUGGACGGAUUGUGUUAAAAAUAGACCUGCUAUAAGACUGACCACAGCACUGCGUAACAUCAUUGAGGAGCGAUUUUCUAAACUUAUGGUCUGCUUUGAAUUCCCAAUGAAAACUGUUUGUAUGAUAUAAGCAUCUUGUGGUGGGAGAAGUUACACCCAGUUUUUGUAAGUAUGACUAAGAAAGUGAGGUUUUCCUUCUAAAGCCUCAUGACAUAUUUGUUAUUUGACCUUUCAUUUGUUCCUACGAUGUGCUUGGACCAAUGCGUUUAUUAAUCACAGCCGAUGUAGACAGUUGCCUUAAACCAGCUGAAGGCUUUUGUUGUAUUUUAUUUUUCAUGGUGUUACUUUUGUACAUUUUAUAUUCUUUUGCAAUAUAUCAAUUUGCUUUUCUAAUUGUGUUAAUGUUAUCUCUUUUUACAUAGGGUAUUUAAUGUACUGACUUUUUAAAGCUUAGAAGAACUUUUUAUGUAAAUCCUUAUUAUUGUUGUAUUGUUUCUAUCUUGUUUUGUAAUGCCCAGUGAAUUAUGGUGGAGUUGCAAGAGGUGGUUAUUUGUAUAUGGUGCUAAACAUUGAAGUACAGUAACCUGGGUUUUAAAUUUCAAGAGUAAAUUUGCAGAUAGAAGAAAAAAUUGGUACUGAACAGCUUCUCGGCAACCCUCUUGAAAUUAUUCUGAUAAGUUAAUAUGGGUUGUUUGAAAAAGAAUGUGACUGAAUGUCAUAAAACAUCAAUAUGCCUCUAUUUCGGUUUCGAUGACUCUCGACUGCCUCUUAACAUUAGAUAAUACAACUUUUAUUUACCAAGAGAACAUUUCCAGCUGUCACUGUUCACUUAAUGACAAUAAGCAGAUUUCAUCAUUUCUGUGAAACAUUCUCUUUAAUAAACAUAGAGUGAAAUUGUACCUUA